GUAAACUGCAAUGACUUCGCCAUUGUUUGGGGAAUAGUGACAGCAGGUGAACUGUAUCGGCCGGAACGCUACGCAGGCAGCACGUGCCGCCCGGCAGAGCAGCCAGCCCGUCCCUCGGCUGCAGACGGUGGCGCAGUCUGGCGGAUUUUAGUUUCGUGCGCGGCGUGAUCUUCCGCCUUAAGCCGGUGCAUGCGGCAUUUAAGUAAAAUAUGAGGUGUUCAGUUCUUCCCCUGUCCAGUUUUUUCCCGCACUGACCGUACCUGGCGAAGCAUGCACAUGUGAACUUGCAAGUGUGCACCUGAGAGCAUGCUUAAUUCAGUUUGUAGUGUAAAGUUUACCAGUUUCUUUUUAAAUUUCCCAAGUAAAAGUGUAGCGAUAAAAAAAAAUGUGCACGGGCUCCCAGCGAAUGACGCAGAGAGCGUCCAAUCGGCAAGACGGCUGUACGUCCGUUUGCGUACACUCUUCAACAGUGCACCCAACACUCGGUUCCUCGACGUUUUCCUGGUUCUAUACUUAUUGAUGAAUAUGGUGCUGUCCGUGUAUAUGAGUUAUGCUUUCAGUCAGGCUGGAGAAUCACAGACUGCUCUCAUGGAACUCAACGGCUCGUGUUUCAUGGGCGUUUUACUUUACGUCAUAAACAACGAAGCGCACAUCGCUUCAGAAAGGAUGAUCGGUCCUGUUAUCGCAGCGCUGGACAAGAUGUCAUUAGAUGCCUCGGACCCGCCAUGCUUACGAGCGGUGACCCUUUUUUAUCUGACGGUGACAUCGUGGCCUGCCAGAAUUUCUUUGAGUGGUUUUACAUCCCUCGGACGGUCACUCUUUACCUCGGUGCGCGUAGCCUGUUUUUGGCUGAGCGAUAGCGAAGCCCUUGCCGUGUUUGGGCGCACCAAAAACUGACUGGUCGUGCGUCUGUCUGUUUGUACUCACCAACGAUUCUCAGCAAGUACAUGGUCUUUAGCUCUCAUAUUUCGCAUUUAACAUCCCCUUAGUUUCUCCCAACACGAGUUUGUUUCAAAUCAUUGAUUAGUAUCGUUUGAAAUAUUCAAAACAUCUUUUUGAAUCAGGUCAUUAGCAUGGUUAGGUUGG